CGGCGGUCUGCCAUGGCUUGGGAGCCGGUGAUCGGGAAGCUCAGCGUCCGCGUCGUCCGAGGCCACAACCUCAUCGUCGCCGACCCACUCACCCACACCAGCGACCCCUACGUCGUCCUCUACUACGGCUCCCAGGUGAAGACUAGCGUCCAGAAGAAAAAUGUCAAUCCUCUAUGGAAUGACGUAUUGGUGCUCCCUGUCACAGAUCUUACAAAGCCAGUCAAACUUGAGGUUUUUGACGCGGACACAUUCACGGCGGAUGACAGCAUGGGAGUGGCCGAGUUCAGCGUAACCGAUAUCUACGACGCCGCGAAGCUGGAUCUAAAGCAUGCCUCUGACGGAACCAGGAUCAAGACGAUCUACCCGGUCGGCACAAACUACCUUGGCGGUGAGAGCCACGUGUCGUGGAAGAAUGGCAAGGUCGUCCAGGACCUGAUUCUGAAGCUGAAGAAUGUCGACAGUGGCUCUGUCGUGCUGCAGCUGGAAUGGGUUCACGUCGUCCCUGGUGUUACGCUUUAA